AUGCUUGGCCAUGACCAUGACGCGUUCGCCUACCUUGCGGACAAUUCAGGCACCACCCCGCUGAUGAUAGCGGCCAAGAAUAACGACAUAGAGAUGGCCAAGGCCUUAUGGUUUUUGGGCGCGCGAAAAGGGCUGCAAGAUAACAACGGAUGGACCGCCUUGCACUUCGCGGCAGAGCAAGGAUCUGCAGAUUUGCUUGGAACACUAUCCCUGUCUCGCACCAAAUAUUCACUCCGCAACUGCGAUGGCUCAACGCCUUUGGAUAUAGCAGCGAGUGGUGGGAAUGUUGAAGCUGUCGUGAUGAUUCUUCAGAUAUGCGAGAAGAAGCUAAAGAAGAAAGAUUUAAGAACUAUAUAUAUAGUUCAACAGAAUAUUUCCGUCCUAG